AUAAAAGUUGCUGAUGCCGAAGGAGUAGAUGUGUCGUUCCGUAAGUUGUUACUGAAUCGAUGUCAGAAGGAAUUUGAAAAAUAUAACGUGGACGAACAAGCGUUGUUGGAGAAACAUAAUCAAUUGAAAGGAUUAUCGGUAGGAAUAAAUUCUGUAAAACAUGAUAAGUUUUAUACAGAUUACAGAGCUACGCCCGUCGGUUCAUAUUGGCGGUUGUUAUCAACAAUAUACAGGGUGUCCCCCAAAAAGUACCCUCUAUAGAAAUUAUCCUAUCGUUGUUAAGCAUAGGAUUUCAUGCGCCUGGUAAUUAAAAAUUCAAUUCAAUUGUGUUUACGCACUCUUGUGUUCAGCAUAGUGCUCAGGCAUUCAAAUUAUAACAAUAGGACAAUUUCUAUAGAGGGUACUUUUUUGGGGGACACCCUGUACAGUAUAUUAAUAAUUGAUUGAUGGUUUUAUUUCUCCAAAUAAAUUAAGGUAGGUUCUCGUGGGUUGUACCUUUUAACGCAUUGACUUUAUAUUUGUUCGAUUGUUCUAUGCUAUGCAGUAAAUAGAUAUCAACCUGUGAGUUGAUCAGCGAAUUUGAUAUUUCGACGUUGUUGUCGACUAACUGUAUAAUAAUUGAACAAUAAAACAACUUGUUAAUCCGGAGCAAUAGGCUAUUAAACACAGCAAUAUGGGCUUCUGUUUAUUCUCUUCAUAUAGCCACAGGCGUUUUGCUUUAGAAAACUUUACGUCAAUAGAAUAACGUUAACAUCGAGUGGUCUUCGUUUUUCUCAGGAAGAAGAGAUAAAGGUUAAAAGAGAGGGAACGGACGAAGCUCUAGCGAAGAAUAAAGGACGGAUGUUGGGAAAUAUCAAGUUUAUUGGAGAAUUAUUUAAACUGAAGGUGUGUUAAUUUGUAUGACCACUGUUUGUCACCAUAGAGUGUUGAUGCAGAUAGUGUGACUGCGUCAAUGGAAUGUGAAAAGAGUAUUUCCAGUACUGUACCUCAAGCUAUGCAUGCAGGAUAAAUGCAGUUAUAGUGUUGUUCGGGUUUACUGCGUUAAGCCCGCCGCACACGAGAGCAACUUGCUGAGCUAACCGCCUCGCGGGGCAGCUAGCUCAGCUAUGUAUUUUCACCGCACACGUUGGGAAAACUACUCAACAACCAUAUAAUUGACAAAAUCAUUUGCAUUUUCCUCUAUUUUGUUCCUAGUCACAUGAAGAAACUAUGGUUUCUCAUUGGCUAAUUGAUUCAAACAGCUCAGCACUUAGCUCACAACAUCCGCAGACGCUGAGAUUUUUUCCUUGCGAGGUGAAAAAUAUCAAACAGGAUAGAUAUUUUCCUUAAUGCCUCGAGAGGUCAAAUCCUCACAAAAACUAUCCGCAUACGAGAGAAACUUGCUGAGCUAGCUGAUUGUUGUUGUUGUUUUUGCAUGUUAAAGCUAUCUAAUACAAGUGGUGUAAUUUAGUUUCCUUUUGUAAUAACAGAAGAAUAAGACGCAAUUUAACCUCUUUAUUUCAGUUGCUAAGAGAGAACAUUAUACAUGGCUAUAUAUAUAGAAUACUUGCAUUUCGUGCUGGCGACGAAGAAAGUUUGGAAAGCAUGUGCAAGUUGAUGUUCAUGAUUGGUAAAGAUCUUGAUCAUGAGAUAGCAAAG